AGCAGGUGGCGCAACAUCAGCUCCGAGCCGGCAGAAGCGGAAGUGACAACACGGCCACACUUGUGCAGUCCUCCACGUGUGAGAGCACUUCAGUCACUGGCAGGUCCACAACAGCACCAUGAAACGGCCAAAAUUAAAGAAAGCAAGUAAGCGGGUCUCAUGUGCCAAACGUUAUAAAAUACAGAAGAAGGUCCGGGAGCAUAACAGAAAGCUGAGAAAAGAGGCGAAGAAGAAAGGAGUGAGCAAACGAGUAAAGAAGGAUCCCGGAGUGCCCAGCAGUGCUCCCUUCAAAGAGGAGGUCCUCAGGGAGGCAGAGCAGAGGAGGCUACAGAUUGAAGAAGAAAAAGAGAGAAAGAGACAAGCCAAAAAAGAUGAGCGAGCCCAAAAGAGGAAGAAGGAAAGGGAGGCUGCAAGUAAAGGAACAGAACCCAAGGCCAAGAAGGCUCGGCAGGAUGAGAAUAGAAAGCAUUCAGAGAAAUGCACUGCCCCAGACAAGAACUCAAAACAGUUCCUUUGCGGUGAAUUAAAUAAGGUAAUUGAUGCAUCUGAUGUAGUAAUAGAAGUCCUUGAUGCUCGUGAUCCUCUGGGGUGCAGGUGUCCACAGCUGGAGGAGGCGGUGCUGCAGAAGGGCGGGACAAAGAAACUGCUCUUGGUUUUAAACAAAAUAGACCUGGUACCAAAGGAGAAUGUGCAGAGGUGGAUACAGUGUUUACAACGGGAGUUUCCAGUUGUGGCAUUUAAAGCAUCAACACACAUUCGGGACAAAACUGUGCAAGCCAAGAAGAGCAGGAUAGUGGCCUCCAAUGAAGUCCUGGACAAAUCCAGGGGAGCGACCUGCUUUGGAAGCAGCUGCCUGACUGAGCUCCUCACAAGUUAUGCAGCUAACGCAGAGAAUGAAGCUGCACUCAGAGUGGGUAUAGUUGGCUUUCCUAAUGUAGGGAAGAGCAGUCUCAUCAACAGUAUGAAGGGGAUCCUGGCCUGCAACUCCGGAGUCAAGAGAGGCAUCACAAAAUCCAUGCAGGAGGUGCACAUCUUAAAGAAUGUGAAGCUAAUGGAUAGCCCUGGAGUCGUGGCAUCACCGUCCAACCCACCAGCCUCUAUGGCUCUGAGGAGCCUGCAGGUGGAGGAGGGCCAGGAGAAUGUGCUGGAGGCUGUCAGGACUCUGCUCAAACAGUGUGACAAGACCCAGAUCAUGCUUCAGUACAAUGUCCCAGACUUCAGAAACUCCCUGGAGUUUUUAACCUUGUUCGCCAAAAAGCGUGGUUAUCUUCAGAAGGGUGGAGUCGCUAACACAGAGCAGGCAGCCACAGCUUUCCUUGAUGAUUGGACAGGAGCCAAGCUGAGCUACUACUGUAAGGCAGCAGAGAAAAACAGCCUCCCCACGUACCUAUCUGACACCGUGGUCGCUGAGAUGCAGAAGGGCUGGGAUCUAACCAAACUGAAAAUGGGCAACGAGGAAACCCUGAGAGGUAUUAGAUUUCCAAACCAGGCGAGCAGCAUAAGCUUCAUCUCUAAAGGUCCAACUGCAGGCCUGUUGAGCGUCAGUGACAUCACUGAAGAAAAACCUGGUGCUGCAGCCACAGCGAGAGAAGCCGUGCAGAACGAUGAGCCUGAACAGACUGCAGAGGAGCCAAAUAAAACAGAAGAACUGGAGAAAGAGAAGGCAUCACUUAAAAGUCAUAUUUUUACAUCUUGCCUAUCUUUGCAGAAGAACCCAACAAGGUGCAGUUCCAGUCUGUCCCCAUUGACAUCAAUCUCUCUGCAGCUACAACAGAUGAUGCCUAUGACUUCAACAUGGAUUUCAAAUGAGCCUCGUCUGUGCUCACGUGGUCUGAUGGGGAUGCAGACCUGGACUUGUCAACAUGCAGUGCAUGACGAUGCUGUUGCAUGGAAUCGCUGUCCCGAUGCCUUUGACCAUCUCUGCCUGUCCUGAUAGUUGACUGGUUUCAGACUAGAUUUUAGCUAGUCGUUAAUGUGUGACCUCUCACUGCUUAAACCUGGAAGAUGUGGACAGUUUUCCCGACAAGAACUAACCUUUAUCCUAGACUACAUUUUUCAGAUAACAUUGAAUUUUGUUUGUCUAAGGCUGUGGACUCAGUAUCUGUUAGGUGGUUAUGUUGUUAGGUGGUGAUGUAUUUAAUCACUGACGUCUUCUUCCUUUUUAAAUGUCCAGAGGUCAUUUGUAAUAUCGUGUCAAUGCAGAAUAAUGUAUAUAGAUGACUUCUUAUAAAUGUAACAAACCCUCUACAAAA